UUACCAGAGGGGAGGGAGGGCAGCUCUGCAUUUCAGAACCACUGCCAGCCUGAGCUCACCAUCUGACUUUUGUGCAGAGGGAUCUUUGUGUGCAGGCCCUCCCUGACCCUGGAGGGCAGUGGAAGCUCAGGCUGCUUGACUGGAGGCUCACAGAGGCUCAGGAGAAAGAUGAACUGGCUCCAUUCCUGUGUCUCCUUUUGCUGGAUUUACUUUGCUGCCUCCAGACUGAGAGCCGUAGAAAUGGCAGAUGGGAAGUAUGCUCAGAAGUUGUUUAAUGAUCUUUUUGAAGAUUAUUCCAAUGCUCUCCGUCCAGUAGAAGAUACAGAUAAAGUGCUGAAUGUCACUCUGCAGAUUACACUCUCUCAGAUUAAGGAUAUGGAUGAGAGAAACCAAAUUUUGACUGCCUACUUAUGGAUCCGCCAAAUCUGGCAUGAUGCCUAUCUUACAUGGGAUCGAGACCAGUAUGAUGGACUGGACUCCAUCCGGAUCCCCAGCGACCUGGUGUGGAGGCCAGACAUUGUCCUCUAUAACAAGGCUGAUGAUGACUCUUCUGAACCUGUGAACACCAAUGUGGUUCUGCGUUAUGAUGGGCUGAUCACUUGGGAUGCCCCUGUCAUAACCAAAAGCUCCUGUGUGGUAGAUGUCACCUACUUCCCAUUUGAUAACCAGCAGUGCAACCUGACCUUUGGCUCUUGGACCUACAAUGGCAAUCAGGUGGACAUCUUCAAUGCUCUGGACAGUGGAGACCUCUCUGACUUCAUCGAAGAUGUGGAGUGGGAGCUUCACGGCAUGCCUGCUGUGAAGAACGUGAUUUCCUAUGGCUGCUGCUCUGAGCCUUAUCCAGAUGUGACGUUCACUCUCCUUCUGAAGAGAAGAUCCUCCUUCUACAUUGUCAAUCUCCUCAUCCCUUGUGUCCUCAUAUCUUUUCUAGCUCCCUUGAGUUUUUAUCUCCCAGCAGCUUCUGGGGAAAAGGUCUCCCUGGGUGUCACCAUUCUGUUAGCCAUGACGGUUUUCCAGCUAAUGGUGGCAGAGAUAAUGCCAGCCUCAGAAAAUGUUCCUCUCAUAGGCAAAUACUACAUAGCCACCAUGGCGUUAAUCACAGCCUCCACUGCCUUGACCAUUAUGGUGAUGAAUAUCCAUUUCUGUGGGGCUGAGGCCCGGCCAGUGCCACAGUGGGCAAGAGUGGUCAUUCUAAAGUACAUGUCCAGGAUCUUGUUUGUCUACGACGUGGGUGAGAACUGCCUUAGUGCCCGCCACGACAGGGAACAGGACCACCUCACAAAAGUUUGUGGCAAACUCCCAGAGUCUCAUCUGAAAACAAUCAAGAGCAAAGACCUUUCCAGAAAAAAGGAUUCAAGCAGACUUUUGAAGAGUGACUUGGGGUGCCGGAGUGAGAACCCAAGAGAUGCCGAUGCUCACUGUGCACAGUACAGAGUGCUGACUAGGAAUAUUGAGUACAUUGCCAAAUGCCUCAGAGAUCACAAGGCCACCCACUCCAAGGGGAGUGAGUGGAAGAAGGUUGCAAAAGUCAUAGACCGAUUCUUUAUGUGGAUUUUUUUCAUUAUGGUGUUUGUGAUGACAAUUCUGAUCAUAGCAAGAGCAGACUAGUGGGCAGAAGUAUUAGGGGAUAAAUCUAUAAAAUUCCCUGUGAUAUAUUCUAAUGUUCUUCCAA